AUGGUACCCGGAAGGUUGAGCAUAGAGCCCGAGGGCCAACCGGAGGUCAGGCCCAACGGGAAUGCAAUCAACAACAACAAUAACACCGCCACGGUUAACUCCAACGAAGGCUCAGGAGCGGGCCCGAGCGAGGGCCAGAAGCGCAACGGCGACGAGCUUCAGUCGGACUCUGCCGUGAAGCGACGAGCAUCUAGAGCGUGCCUCUCGUGUCGUACCCGUAAGGUUCGCUGCGACGUAACCAACCGCGGCGUGCCCUGCACAAACUGCCGUCUAGACACAGUUGAAUGCGCUCUCACUGAGUCCUGGCGAGGCCGCGUGCGUAGGGCACCCACAACAGCACAUGUGGCAGAAGCGAGAUCGACGUCUUCGAGAUCAGAGCAUCCGGACCCGCCUCCACAGGCACAUAUACAGUCGCAAGUGCAUGCUCAUACCAAUCUCUACGCGCAAACGAACGGUUCCUAUCCCGAGUCCGCUGCCGAAGACUUUCCAGUAUCCUUGACAUUCGAAGGCUUGCGGGACGUCUCUGAUCGCAAUGAAGACACACUGAACCGCCCAGACAAUGACAAUGCUGAGGCAUCCCUCGCCAGCUCAGCCCUUGGGGCCCUUGGCACAUCAUCGUCCGCAGGCCCUUCGCCAGUCGGCGGGAACCAGGGGCUAACCCUGCCUCCGUACAUUCGACCGUUGCCGCCGCGGCUGAAGGCUGCUGAUCUUUACUACCUCAUGGCCAAGGAUGCUCUAAGCAUACCAGACGAAGAGCUUCAGCGGCAGCUCCUACGGCAGUACAUAGAGCAUGUCCACCCUUUCAUGCCCAUCUUAGACCUUGCAGACUUCUUGCUACCGAUCGCCUGUCGCGAUGGGUCCUCGGGCUCUCCAGUCAGCUUGCUUUUGUUCCAAGCGGUGAUGUUUGCUGGUGUGGCAUACAUAGAUUUUGAAUAUUGCACCUCGAGAGGCUUCGACCACCGUAAAUUGAUGCGCAAGCACUUCUUGGAUAAAGUCCGGGUUCUCUACGAUCUCGAUACGGAGCCUGACCGGACGGCGCGACUGCAGGCCCUGCUCCUCAUGACAUAUUGGUACCAAAGGGCCGAGGAUGAGAAGGACACAUGGCACUGGACAGGCAUCGCGUUGUCACAAAUCUACAUGAUGGGAAUCCACCGCGACCCCAACCAGUUGGAUGUCCCCCCCAAAGUCAUCAGGCGAAGGAAGAGGAUAUGGUGGGCGUGUUACGUGCGUGACCGCCUCAUCGCACUGGGGAUCCGCCGGCCUGCUCGGAUACGAGCAAGUGAUUUCGACGUUCCAAAACUGACAUUAGAGGAUUGCGAGUUGGAGCCCCUGGAUGCGACUGUUGUCUCCUUUUUAGGCCACCUUCCAGUGGUAGAUGCUACGACCCAGAGGGAUCUUAUGCGUUGUUUUAUCGACCUCACGAAGCUGGGUGACCAUAUCGGCGACAUUCUCAGCACACAGUAUACAACUGUGGGCACUAAUACCUAUAAAUUCAAGACAGAGGACAGAAUGACUAUGAUGGUUGUGCCCCAAAGAUCAGCCCAGCAGAUGGAAGAUAUGACAAAGUGUGUUGCGAAGCUGGAUACGUGGCGGCAGAAUAUGCACUCAUCCAGUCGAUAUCGGCCUAGCCGACCGCACAGUGACCAUUUUCAUGAACCGACUGAGCUAGAGACUCAUCCUGUAGUGAAUCUGCAUCAGGCUAUGAUAUACAUGAUUUAUCUCACCGCCACUGCUAUCCUCCACCGGCCACGCGCACAGCAUGAACAGUCUCGUGGUGACGGCAUCAGCGAUGGAAACGUCAUGAAUGUAUCCACCACCAGUCCGCGUCUCGGCCCAGGUACAGCCAACCGAGCUUCCACGGACACAAGCACAGGCUCGUUGACCAGCAGCUCCGCCGAGAAAAUAGCCGACGCUGCUGCUGGGAUCACAGAGAUAGCUUACGACCUACACUACGGCCGGCAUGGUAACCAGCUGCGCUUUGCGUCCACCUCGGCGAUUCCGGCGCUCUUAUCCGCCAUUCUCAUCCACCUGAAUGAGAUCAGCUCCUCCAAGAAGGACCCCGUAAGGAGGUAUGUGGCUAUUGGCCGUUUCUACCAAUGCUGGCAAGCUCUCCAGUAUCUCCGAGAUAUGUAUGCCUCGGCAGACCACGUUGUAUGGUUCCUGGAGGCCGUGAUAGAAAAGACCAACGUCGAAAUCCCCAUGCUGAAUCUCGCAACGACAUCACAUGCUUCCACGCCCGACUCUAGGCGGCUGCCCUUGGCCAAAACUACUGCACAUCCGGCCUCCCACCAACGGACUAACGCUCCCACAGGCAUCUCUGGGCUCGGCGAACAAGUCGGGCGCAACGCCAUGAUUACGCCGGUCACGCUGGACGAUCUGCCGACCAGCGGCUCACAAUCUAAUGGCGUCUACGAUAUGCGAGGGGACUGCUUCCCGAGAAGGCCGCCGGCGUUCCAGAGUCCCUUUUCGCAACCACAGGCCAGCAUGCAAGUAGGCGACCACCCUGUGGUGAGUGACCCGCAUGACGCGUGGACGAUCUUCGACGAUGAGGAUAACCUCCUGCAAGCCCUGGUGCAUUUUGAUGCGGAUCCGAAUUUCUUUCCGGCGAGCGGAUUUUGA